AUGGCACUCCCAGAGAAUCGACUCAUUAUCGGUCUCGACUACGGGACAACGCACUCAGGGAUUUCAUACGCACUGGUUGGCCGUGACCAGCACAGAAUCAAUGCCAAUGCUUUGCACGAUGACCAGCGCGGCGCAGAGAUCCUCAACGUCACGUCUUGGUCGAGAACAAACACUCCUAAAGUCCCGAGCAUCAUCUCAUAUUCACCGGCGGAUGGUCACGAAGCGCAAUGGGGUGCAGAAAUUAGCAGAACGGGGAUCGAGAUGAUAUGGACCAAACUCCAGCUUGAGGAACAGCAUCGCUUGGAUGAACUCGAUUUGUUAUUGAAAGCUCUGGACGGGAUGGCGAAUUUGAACCUCAACGCAAUUGUUGGUAAUCGAGGCCUGCCUUCGUAUCCAGCAAAGGAGCCCGUGGGCAUCGUGACUGAUUACUUGUCUCGCCUCCGUGCACACUUUGUUGAAAAGGAACUGACGGGUGAUCAUGGUACUAUCGGGGUUCACUUACUACAUCGCACUCCAGUCGAUAUUGUGUUGACGUGUCCCAUCGAAUGGUCCGACUCGGCGAAAGCCAAAACUUUUCAGGCUAUCACUCGUGCCGGCUUCGACAAGAAAUAUUUCCCGAAACUGAAUGAGAUUAUAUUGGCAAGCGAGCCUGAAGCUUCAGUCCUCUUUGUUCUGAAAUCCAUUCAGCACGAAGACGACGCGGCUCCGGUGGGAGACUGCAUUGUGCAUUGUGAUGCCGGAGGAGGAACGGUGGAUGUGGGCUCGUUCCGAAUAAGACAAGUGGAACCAGAUCUGAUAUUGGAGGAUAUCUGUCUCGGAGCAGGCAAGAAGGCCGGAGCAACAUUCGUCGACCGAGGCUUCCUUCAGGUACUGUUCAACAAACUUGGCGCGCAGAACUAUGAGGCUCUAGCUGGGGGAACGCUCGAGACUUCAAUCGGGAGCCACUCAGCCCGCAGUCCUGAAUUAUCUGAGAUUAUGGUGGACUGGGAGAUGGAGAAAAGGAGUUACAGGGGUCAAGCCGACCAUGAGAAGGACUUCUAUCUGCCACGGAGACUGCAUCAUCUUGAAAUCCCAGAGCGUGGGGUUACCGAUGGCCGGGUACGGAUCACAGGACGUGACCUCCAGGAAGCGUUCAAGUUCUCGAUUGACAGCACCAUUGAACUGAUUACUGGUCAGAUUGGCCAAGUAGAGUGUCUGGGCUGGGGAGUUAAGUUGGUCACUCUGUCUGGCGGCUUCGCUCGCUCAGACUAUCUGUACAAUCAGAUCAAGCAUGAGAUAUACAGAACCAGGAACAUCCACACAAGGAGACCCGUGGAUGAGAAUGAGUGUUGGGCUGCUGUUGCUCGAGGCGCCGUGUUAUACGGUCUUCAACAUGAUACAUCGCGAUUCGUGUACAUGCGUGCAUGCCUAAGGAAUUACGGCAUGAGAGUUUCCCAGCAAUACUCAGCCUUCAAGCAUUCUGCAAGAAGAACCACGUAUCAAGACCCGUUCGAUGGCAAUACCAAAGCUGGGAAUCAGAUGAUCUGGCUCAUCAAGCGCGGAGACCUCAUUCUGUCCAACAAAGGUAACUACUCAUCUAUUCAGAUUUGUCGCAGAUUCGGCAUCAACGACGACAGAUUCUUUACAACGGCGUUGCUGGCAAACGACGAUGACGAGGUGCCCGAGGGACAUCUUCAUAAUGAGAUGAACGAGGUGGCGAGACUACGCUAUGAUCUUAGCGAUAUUCCCGAAAGGGAAUUCGACAGAAUGAGGAUGUCGAAUGGCAGAAAUUGGUACUACCAAGCCAAUCUGACCUUUCACCUGCUCGUCCAAGCCGACGUCCAUUUCUGGGUCACUUUCGGAGAAACCGAACUGGCCAGGGCGACGUUUCCAUAUGUGUGA